AUGUCUAUUCAGUGUCUGGAAGAGGCGAAGGAACUAAGUAUGAGAAAGAAAAUAGAUAAGUUGAAAAAGGAAGUGAGCUAUCAACAAAGAAAAUUGAUGGAUGAAAUUGAUAAAGAGUACGAUACAGGCAAAUUACAGAAAAAAAUGAAAUACGUGGAACCCAAACCGUUAUUGAAUACUGACGGAUUAUCCUGGCAAUUUCAGAAAUCCGAUGAAUUGAUGGAUACAUUUAAAGAUGCAUUAUUGAAUCAUUAUGAUAAUUUUAGAUCAAAAAGAAUCGAUAAAAUAUUAAUUCUGGCUUAUUUUAUCUUAGCUGACGCAGGUACAGACAAAUCUAGAAUAGCAACAGAAUUAUCAUAA